CACACAAGACUUAAAGAUGCGCGUGUGUUUAGUGACAGUGCUGCCUCCGUAGACUAACAGCUACAAUUUCUACAGUCAUUAGGACCCACCCAUCGGCCAAGCAGUUUCCUGCUAUCCCUGGAACCCAAGUGUCCACCCCUGUGUAUGGGAAGAGCAAUCGAAUGCAGCAGCACACGCCACUGUCCCACAAGCUGAGCUGCGUCUGAUCCCAGUCCUCUACUCAAGACAGCCCCAGCAUGGAGAGCCCCUUGAGUGCAGAAUCAGCUCUCCCAACCCCAGCACCCAGAAACCAUACUUCUUCUCCAAGUCCAAGAGCUGAGGCCCAAGAGUUGAGAAUGGAGGAGAAAGAGAGAACAGCGGACACAGAGGAGGACCCUAUAUAUGUGUCUCUGUUAUCAGAAGUGUCAGUGCUUGUGGAUGAGCCAGCAGAGGAUGCAUCGGAGAGGGCUGAGGAGAGAGCUGAGAGAAAGGCUCAGAGGCAGCUCCUGGCCACAGAGGAGCUGGUCUACACAGAGAGGAACUACCUGAGACUCCUCCAGGUCUGCACCUGCACCAUCAGGAGCAACCUGCAGAAACUCCAGCCACAGCUGCCUAACCUGGACAGCAUGUUCCUGUACAUAGAGGAGGUGAUCAACGUCUCAGGGCGCCUCCUUAGCCUCCUGGACCAGAAGCAGUUGACACCCCAUGAUCCUCUUUUCCUGGAGACUCUAUGUGAUGCCUUCCUCAGUCUAUCAACAGACAUGGAGUCGGCAUACAAGGAGUACCUGGUCAACUACAACACCGUCACAGCGUUAGAGAACAGCUACAAGCAGAAAGAUGCCCUGUGGACUGAGAUAGUGAAAGUCAUCAAGUCCUCAGAGCCAGAGGCGAAUGCCACCUCUCUGAGCUUCUUCCUGGUGAAGCCAGUCCAGAGGAUCGCCAGCUAUCCUCUUCUCCUCCAGACCAUCAUGAAACACACAGAGCCUGGGCAUCCGGCCUACUCUCUCCUGGAGCAAACUGCCCGCACCGCCAUAGCCCUGAACUGCAGGAUCAAUGAGUACAAACGCUUCAGAGAAGUAGCCGACAAAUACAAGAAGACGGAAACCCUGACUAUAAGGGAUAAGAUGAAUCGUCUGAACAGCCACAGCAUCGCUAAGAAGACGGCCAGACUGAGUCAGUUCAUCAAGCACGAGACGGGGAUUGCACCAAAGCUGGUAGAUGAGGAGUUUGAUGCCUUGGAGGGUUUUUUCUAUCUCCUUGAAAAUGGUAUCACCGUGCUACAUGAAAAUGUGGAGACAUAUCUAGACCAUCUACAGGGGUUUCUGAGCUGUCGACCAGAGGAGUUUGAUCUUGACAUGGAUGGUGAGAAGCCUGCUAUAUGCUACAAAGAAGUCAUAACAGCACUGAGGCAAUGGAUACUUCCUACAUUUGAGAAGAGGAUGAGAACUUUGGUCCACAAGCCCAUCUGUGCCCUGAGAGAGCUCCUGGCGGGGCCUCGUAACCUGAUCAGUAAGCGUCUGGACAAGCUGCUGGACUACGAGCUGAUCGAGGAGAAGCCCAGUCUGAGCUACGAUGAGCAGGCGGUGGCUAACACCUAUAAGACCAUCAACACCCUGCUCCUCAACGAGCUGCCCCAGUUCAACGGCCUGGCCCUCACCCUGCUCUGGGGCGUGCUGGGGGCUUUCAGCUGCCUGCACAAGGACCUGGCUAAAGACAUGGAGCAGCUCUUCCAGGGCUUCACCCAACAGCUCCCUCACGGUUCCCUGGAGCCACAUGCAUUCUGGGAGUGGGCGGAGUGUUCGAUGCUGGAGGGUGCAAGGAGGCUGGAGAGCCUGUGUUGGAAUGUGAAGGACCAACUCAAUGCUCCUAUUGUCCAGCCUCUCAGCCCUGGCUCUCAGAGGCGUCUGAAGGUCCUGACAGACAAGCACGGCUCAGGGAAGAUCUACCAGCUGAUGAGUCAUGUGGUGGGGACCAGAGACCUGGACCUGAGUCUGAACAGAGGAGAGCUGGUGGCCAUCAUCAGUGAGAUGGACACACGGGGGGACAGACGCCGCUGGCUGGUCGACGCUGGGGGUCCAAGAGGAUACGUCCCCUCCUCCAAGCUGGUACGUUACCACCAGGUAACUAUGGAUCCUCCCCCAUCCCCUCAUCUGAUCACUACCAUGGAUCACGCUGGGGGGGUCAGACGACACUCCUGCACGCCUGGCGUCAGGCGACCCUCCUACACCCCUGAUACACCCCAGCCCCGGCUCCUGAGGUCUAUGUCGAUGACAGUUCCCUGCCUCCAGGUGCUCGCAGGCUAUGACUUCAUGGCAAGGAGCAGUCACGAGGUCUCUCUGAGGGCGGGGGAAACAAUCCGAGUCCUGGAACCCCAUGACAAGAAGGGUAGCUGUGACUGGAGCCUGGUGGAGGUGCGGGGUCAGAGGGGAUACGUGCCCUCCAACUACCUGACAGUGAUGCCCACAUCCACAACGCCCACCGCCCCUUACCUCUAGGGUUGCCCUGGGUAACCAGCCACCAGCCGGUCUGAGCUAGACACUGCCACUCAACUCUUCACUGCCACACAGCUCAUCUUAGUGGGGAAGCCUACAUCCACGAGAGAGAGAGAGAGAGAGAGAGAGAGAGAGAGAGAGAGAGAGAGAGAGAGAGAGAGAGAGAGAGAGAGAGAGAGAGAGAGAGAGAGAGACAGAGAGAGUUUGUGUGCUGUUGAUUGAAUCACAGAUUUGUGUGUGAAGUGGCGAGGCUGGCAUUUGCAGGUAGAGUGCUCCAAGCCCUCAACUGCAGCUCUUAUUAGCAUGUAAGUGGGAGGCCGCUUCCAUCACCAGGAACCAGGGGUGCAAUCCUGUUUUUUCCCUGGAGAGACUGACUGACUGACAGGCAGGUAGGAAUGCCUCAGCACAGCAUGAUGAUAGAGAAGAGCAGGCAGUCCAUCAAGCUUAUCUGUCUGUCUGGAGUUCUCAUUCACUCACUCACUCACUCACACACACACACACACACACACACACACACACACACACACACACACACACACACACACACACACACACACACACACACACACACACACACACACACACACACACACACACACACACACACACACACACACACACACACACACACACACACACACACACACACACUACAUAGUCUGGGCGCUGGCAGUUAAACUGAUGGAAAUAUGUACAAACUCCAUUUUGGUGUACCACUAGCACUGUCAGGUGACUUGGCCACUGACUUUGACAGUAAUGCAGUUUAUGCUCAGGCAAAAUAGUGUUCUGAUUUCUGGGAAGAAUGAGGUCGGCAAACCUUAAUGCUGGACUGCAUGAUCAAAUAAGGAAAGUGGUUAAGAUAACUUGUUCAAAUGGAUGAAGCGGAUCUAGUUUGAUUCCAGACAUGAAAUGGCAGCAAAGGUGUGUUACUAAAGCAAUGACAUCAUUAGGUUGAUAUGGCUUUAAUAAGACCGUUGUUGUACUGCAGCUAGCGGAGCCUUCUCAUUGGUCCAAAUAUCAGGGCAGAGUGAGAAGACCAGACAUUACCUUGUGCUGCAUCUGGGCUGACAGACAUAACUGUCUUCUCUCAGCUGGCCACAAGGGAGCGCACCACACCAGCGCUCACCCAACAGAUGUCUGUUGGCUUUACCUUUAGCCUCUUCAUUAUUAGCUCAGUCGACAGUGACGUUAAUCUUCUGGUGGAUGUCACACAACCUAAACAUGUUCAUAUCUUACCGGUGUGGUCAUGGCAUUCCUUUUGCUGUCAAUAUCUGCUACAUAAUAUGAUCUAAAGAGAAUGUUCUCUCUGUAGGCCCACUGUCAAGGUAUAGAUGUCAUGUUUUAUUUUAAUUUAUCAAUUUUAUUUCAUUGAUUUAACACAGCAGGACCGUGCGUCAGGCUUUUUAUAAUAAUCUCUGAUGAUAUGAAGGAAGAAAUCGCUGUCUGAAAGGGAGCAUGGCUCUGUCAGUGCAGCAGAGUCAUUGUUAUGCAGAUUGGUGCAGAGUAGUCACUGCCCUGGGUAAUACAGCGCUCAAGCUGGGUAUGCAGCUCUUCAGAUAGUCACCUCUAUUUUACCAUGUUGACUCAGAACAGGAUUUGUAUUAGGCUCUAAGAUGGUGCCGUUUCGGAAUUUGAGAUAUAAUUUAAGGAAAGGCCACAUACCUGUAGAUAGUGGUGGCCUAUAUGUGAGUUAUGAUAACAGAGCUUUCACUAUGUUAGCAACAAAAUGGAGAGUAAUCACGUGUAAAAAUGGAUGACAGGGCUUUUAAUGUUGUACUAACCAAACGAUGCUACUGAGUGACACAUGUUGUCCUCCAUAUGACAUUUAAACGUGUGGCGUAUUCUGUGUUUGUGGUCGUCACUGAAACAGCUAAGGAUGGGUUAUCACCAGGGAUGUCAUGCAGUGACUCCCUGCAGCUACCGCUAACCUUAGCAUGACAGAACCCUAUGCAGCUCUAAAAAUAAACCUUCUCUCAUUCAAUGGUUCUAUAAAUAGCCCACUGUCUGUAUAGGAUCUUCUGUUGGACCCUUGGUCUCCCCCCCGCUGGUCACUGUUGGAACAGCAGUGUUACUCCAUCUACCUCUUCUGGGUGGUACAUCGCAAAACAGCUACUGCAAUACUACCUCUACAGUGUUUCUGGGCUGCUCCUGCCGUAAUGAUACAAGGGAGUAUACAGAAAGCAAUUAGAUUGGUUUUACUCUCUGUCUAAGAUAAUUGGGCUCCUGAUUGUGAGGGAAAUCCAGUGCUUUAAUGAGGCAGGGCUGAAUCAAGGCGUCCAUGUUGUUUCUGUCAGAAUGUAGAUCAGCGGCUGCACAAUAACAAUGUCUAUCUGGCUGCCGCCUCAUAUUUGUGCUGGGCAGAAUUUAUUGUCCAAUCACGGGGGGCUAUAUUACGGCAGUCAAGGGAGAGAGCAUCUGUGUGCCGGGGGGCAUUUUUCCUGGAAGAGUUCCCCUCCCAAUUUGGGAGGAAGAGUUGAAUCACAUUGAUUCAUAAUGUGAUGGGGGCUGAUCCAUCCAAGCCGCACUAGGCUGGCCACAGAAAUGGCAGCAGUAGGCCUGUCCUGCGGGCUUUAAACCAGGGCAUUAUUUGGUAACCAUUUGGCAACGCUGCUGAUGCCAUUGCUUCUUUAAGGCCCUGUCAGCUGAUCUCUCUGGCACAACCAAUUUAGUUUUAACAAUACUGCUGGACUAGAAUGUGAAAGUCUCCCCCGGCUUGUAGCAAAUGUCCGGGGUUUAGAAGGUAGUGGUGAGACAGGUUAGGGAGGCACAUGACACUCUGCCCCCAUGCAGCCAGGAAGCCCCUUUCUCCUGAUGUUCCCCUCGGGGACCUGGGGAGAGAGCCACUGACAUGGUGCAAUCACCUCACCGUCCACUGGCUAACUGUGUGUCAGUCAGUCGAGGGACAGAGCGGGAGAGGGGGCCACGGCAGUCAAGCGGAGCAGAUCUCCUAGUCAGGGGGAUUGACUAGGCAAAAAAUUCACAAAAAUCCACAACAUCAGGAGUUUAUUGCUUUCUCCUUCAG